AUGUCCUGUCCUGUUCAAUACUCACACGCCAUCUGUAUUCUGAUGGGAAUUUAUCGUCGACUUUUGGUCAUUGCCAGCUCACAAAAGAUUUCGGCUUGUGUAGCACUUGGGGUUUCAAAUUUAUCAUGUUGUUCAAUUAAUGACAAUGAAAAUAUGUCUCAAAAAUCAUAUGAGGCCAGGUUUAUUCUUGUACCUAUUAAAUUCAUUUUAAUGGGAGUGGUAACACUUUUCUUACCCUUACAAACCGAUGUUCUUCAAGCUAAUAAUAACUUUUGGAGCCCUUCGUCACCAACCUCGUCAUCGUCCAAUAAUGGAAAAAAGAGAAGUGCAACAGAUUCAAUAAGCACUUCAUCUAUAAUUCCUAUAAUUAUCCCAAAAAUGACAUGCUUUGUUCCUGACGAAGAUAUACCGUUGAAAGCCAAUGAUUCAUUAGAUCCUCUUGAAGUUAUAAAGUUAGCCGUACAUACUUUUGACAAGAAUACUAUUGAAAGAGGUUCUUCUCACUCAUAUAAAAGCUCAAAACAUCUACGAAUAGAUUAUGAGCAAUAUAAAAAAGUUCCGUGGGAAAAUGAUUUGGUAAUAAAGCAAAGUGAUAAUCAAAAUCCUCUUUCUGUGCUCGAAUUUCUGACAACAGCGCCUCCAUCAAUCUUAAAAGAGAAUUUCAAAAGGGUUCUUGAUUAUGCAAGAACACCUAUGUUCAUCGAGGUUGGGUUGUACAUUUUUCACGCGAGGACAAUAAUACCAAAGAUCUAUAUUGGCCUUGCAAUAAAAUGCUCAACAGGAAACUAUAUGUUGUACAUAACUGGCACGAUAAACAAUUCAAUAAUGUCCGGAUGA